CUCUAUUUUUGUUUUCUCCCUCUCUGCUCCUCCUCCGUCGCCGCCGGUGAAUAAUUCAGACGAACACUUUGCUGAACUUUGGCUAUUCCAUGGUUUUGCGGCUGAGAGUUCACUCUCUCUACAACCGUGGAAUCUUCUUCCUUGUCUCUUCUUCCUUGAGGAAUCUUAGUACGGCUUCUUCGCUUUUUUUGAACUCCGACCAAACCAUCACUGAGCCAUUGGUGAAAUCAGAGCUCGAAGCCUUAGUUCUCAAGCAAUACUCUCAUGGUAAGUUCUACAGUCUCGUUAAAAACGCCGUUUCUUUGCCUUGUGUCCUUCUCACCGCCUGUCAGAAUCUGUCUCUCUCCGCCAAUUCGUCCGGCGAGUUAGCCGAUCGCGUCUCCCGGAGGUUUUCGAUCGAAGAAAUGGGACGCGAGAUACGUGAAGGUAGGUUUGAUAUUCGUUCAUGUUGCGUCGAAUUCGUCUCUUCAAGUGAAAAGUUAGUACGAUGUGAUGAAUCUCUUGUUCUUCCCAAUCUAAAACUCAAAGUGUUGAUAGAAGCUAUUAGAAUGGUUCUUGAGAUUGUGUAUGAUGAUCGAUUCGCUACGUUUUCGUAUGGUGGACGUGUUGGUAUGGGUAGGCAUACAGCGAUUCGUUACCUGAAAAACUCGGUGGAGAAUCCACGGUGGUGGUUUCAAGUUUCGUUUGCUCGAGAAAUGUUCGAAGAACGUAAUGUGGAUAAACUGUGUGGCUUUGUUGGAGAGAAGAUCAACGAUGUUUUGUUGAUUGAGAUUAUAAAGAAGCUGUUUGAGUUUGGGAUUUUGAAGAUUGAACUUGGUGGAUGUAAUAGUGGAAGAGGUUUUCCACAAGAAUGUGGAUUGUGUUCGAUCUUGAUCAAUGUUUACUUUGAUGGACUUGACAAAGAGCUUCAAGAUUUGAGGCUAAAGAUGAAAGUUAAGAAUCCUCGUGUUGGUACAGGAGACGGGGAAUCAACAGGUAAUGUUUUCUUUAAGGCAGUAAAUAUUUAUGCAGUUAGGUAUUUGGAUGAGAUACUUGUGAUAACAUCAGGCUCGAAAAUGCUGACAAUGGAUUUGAAGAAGCGGAUUGUAGACAUUUUGGAAGAGAGAUUAGAGCUGAGAGUAGAUAGAUUGAACACAUCGAUUCAUAGUGCAGUGUCAGAGAAGAUUAGUUUUUUAGGGAUGUAUCUUCAGGCUGUUCCACCUUCGGUUUUGCGCCCACCUAAGUCUGAGAAGGCGGUCAGAGCAAUGAAGAAGUAUCAGAGGCAGAAGGACGUUAGGAAGUUGGAGUUAAGAAAUGCUAGGGAGAGGAAUCGGAAGACACUGGGGCUGAAAAUAUUUAGACAUGUCUUGAAGAAAAUCAAGCAGAGCAACGGGUUCAAAUUUGAAGGGGAGAUAGAGAAUGAGGUUAGGGAUAUUUUCCAGAGCUGGGGAGAGGAAGUUAUGCAAGACGUUAUGGGUUCCCUCGAAGAGCGCUGGAAAUGGCAUUGGCUGCUCACUAGAGGAGAUUUUCUCUCUUUGAGACAUAUACGAGAGAAAUUACCACAAGACCUGAUUGAUGCUUAUGAUGAAUUUCAGGAGCAGGUGGACAAACAUUUGGCUCCUACCCAAGCUAAAAAGGUACUAGAGGAUGAGGAGAGGAGAGUAGAAGAAGAAGAGGAACAUAGAUAUGCUGCAAGGACAGUUGAGGAUUUGACUAAGUUAUGCAUGAAGGUGUCAGCUCCAGAGGAACUUGUCAGAAAGGCUAUUAAGUUAGUUGGGUUCACAAACAACAUGGGACGACCACGGCCUAUCAUUCACCUUGUGACUCUCGAGGAUUCUGAUAUCAUCAAAUGGUAUGCGGGUGUAGGGCGUAAAUGGCUUGAUUUCUUCUGCUGUUGCCACAAUUAUAAGAUGGUCAAAAUCAUUGUAAGUUAUCAUAUGAGGUUCUCAUGUAUUUUGACACUAGCAGAGAAGCACGGAUCCACUAAACGUGAAGCUAUUAGACACUACACGAAAGAUCUCAGAGUAUCAGAUAUUGACGGGAGUGAAGAGGCGCAUUUUCCAUCGGAAAGAGAGGUUAAGAUGAUGGGAGACAAGAACCUUUCAGACCCAAAACCUGUGGAUGGCACACUGUCUUUGCUUUUGAUCAGGCUCGCAUCUGAUGAGCCCUUGCAUUCCUGUGCUGCUAGUUUUUGUGAACGAUCAGAUACAAUUAUGUACCGUGUACAUCUACUGCAAAACCGUUUACGUAUCAACCCACUAGACGAAGAGAAAUGGGUUCCUGGCAUGGGCACAAUCCACUCAGCUUUGAAUCGGAAAUGUCUCCCUUUGUGUUCCACUCACAUCAGUGAUGUAUACUUGGGCAAAAUAACUCUUCAGGAUGUUGAUAGUAGUUCAUUCAUCGAUCUCAGGCGAAAGUGGUCAGGAAACAAAGAUUUGAGCAUGAGUUACGCAGGAAGAGCUGCAAAAUUUGAUGAAACACAGUUGUUGAUCAUCUGUGACUGCAUCCACCUGAGCUAUCGGUUAAGAUCGGGGCAGACGAUAAUGGUGGCUCUGGUUCUAAUGGUUGGAUCAUUUUACGCAGGCUCUAUCUUCGGAAACAAUUCACGUAUUUACAUUUCCCAACCUUCUUCUACUUCCAAUUCUUCUUCUUCUUCUUCUCCAUCACAAUCUGGUCCAUCAAAUUUUGCUAACAAAAUAGAGCUUACUUACCGGAGAACUUCUGUUUCGAUCCCUGAGAGUGGGGUGAAUGUUUGUCCAUUGAAGUUCAAUGAGUAUAAUCCUUGUCACAAUGUCACUUAUGUGCAACAGCUUCUCCCAAGCUUGAAUCUUUCUAGAAGAGAAGAGCUUGAGAGACACUGUCCGCCACUUGAACAGCGUUUGUUUUGUUUGGUGCCUCCGCCAAAAGAUUAUAAGAUACCAAUCCGCUGGCCGACUAGCAGAGAUUAUGUAUGGAGAAGCAAUGUGAAUCAUACGCAUCUUGCUGAAGUGAAAGGCGGCCAGAAUUGGGUGCAUGAACAAGGUCAAUUAUGGUGGUUCCCUGGUGGCGGUACUCAUUUCAAACACGGAGCUCCAGAAUACAUCCAGAGGUUAGGAAACAUGACGACCAAUGAAACAGGUGACCUUCAUUCAGCUGGGGUUGAACAAGUUCUUGAUGUGGGAUGUGGAGUUGCUAGCUUUGCAGCUUAUCUUCUUCCUUUAGGUAUAAAGACAAUGUCUUUUGCCCCUAAAGAUGGUCAUGAAAACCAAAUUCAGUUUGCGUUGGAGAGAGGAAUCGGCGCAAUGAUCUCUGCCAUAGCCACCAAACAAAUGCCCUAUCCUGCGGCCUCGUUUGAUAUGGUUCACUGCUCAAGAUGUCGUGUUGAUUGGCAUGAAAAUGAUGGUAUCUUGAUUAAAGAGGUUAAUCGUCUUCUCCGACCCAAUGGAUACUUUGUUUAUUCAGCACCACCUGCUUACAGAAAGGAUAAAGAUUUCCCCAUGAUUUGGGAUAAGUUGGUCAAUCUAACUACCGCAAUGUGCUGGAAGCUCAUUUCCCGAAAGGUACAGACUGCAAUAUGGGUUAAAGAAGAUGACGAGGCUUGCCUUAGGAAGAAUGCAGAGCUAGAGCUUAUAACUAUAUGUGAUGUAGAAGAUGUUUCGAAAACUUCAUGGAAAGUUCCUCUUAGAGACUGUGUGGACAUUAGUGAAAAUAUACAAAAGAAACCCUCUUCUUUAACUGAACGUCUAUCGUCAUAUCCAACAAGUCUAAGAGAAAAAGGCAUCAGCGAAGAUGAAUUUACAUUGGACACAAACUUCUGGACAGAACAAGUGAAUCAGUACUGGGAGUUAAUGAAUGUUAAUAAGACCGAAGUGCGAAAUGUGAUGGACACAAAUGCAUUCAUUGGUGGAUUUGCCGCAGCCAUGAACUCAUAUCCCGUUUGGGUCAUGAACGUUGUACCUGCUACGAUGAACGAUACCUUAUCCGGAAUUUAUCAGAGGGGCUUAACUGGUGCUUAUCAUGAUUGGUCUGAGCCAUUCUCAACGUAUCCCCGUACUUACGAUCUGCUACAUGCGGACCAUCUCUUCGCUCACUAUAAAAUCCACAGUAAAGGUUGUUUACUAGAGGACAUCAUGCUUGAGAUGGACCGCAUUAUACGCCCUCAGGGAUUCAUCAUUAUCAGAGACGAGGAAUCAAUCAUCUCAAGAGUCCGAGACUUGGCUCCUAAGAGUUCGCAGUAUCAAGUUGUUAGUCUACAGAUUCUUGUUCAGGCUACUUCGGGACUUGGUAAGGCCACUGCGUUGGCUCUCUCAAGGAAAGGUUUCUACGUUGUUCUUGUUGGAAGAUCAUCCCACUUACUAUCAAAGACCUUGAGUGAUAUUAGGAGGCAGAAUGAGGAUGCCCAACUCAAAGCUUUUGAAGUUGACAUGUCGUCUUUUCAAUCAGUUUUUAAGUUCAGAAACUCUCUAGAGCAAUGGCUUUUAGAUUCAGAUUUGCAUUCUUCAGUCCAGCUUUUGGUGAACAAUGCUGGAAUACUGGCAACAUCGAGUCGGCCAACCGUUGAAGGCUUUGACAGGAUGAUGGCUACAAAUUAUGUCGGCGCUUUUACUUUGACCAAACUUCUCUUACCGCUCCUGAGAAACAGCCUUGUGCCUUCACGAGUUGUGAAUGUUACAUCUUUUACACAUCGGUCUGCUUUAACUGGGAGGUUUGAUAUGGAUUCUGUUACUGGGGUGAACUUUUCGAGCUCAAAGCAUUAUCCUUGUGCUAGAAUCUAUGAGUAUUCUAAAUUAUGCCUUCUACUUUUCUCAUACCAGCUGCAUAGACAGCUUCGCCUCACGGAUGAUUCACAUCACGUCUCUGUUGUAGCGGUUGAUCCAGGAGCAGUAAAAACAAACAUAAUGCAUGAGCUUCCUUCAUAUAUUCAAGUCAUUGCGUUUUGUGGUCUCAAGAUUCUCGGACUGAUGCAGUCUCCAGAGGAUGCAGCUGAAUCUGUCAUUGAUGCUGCUGUAGCUCCACCAGAAAUAUCAGGCAAAUAUUUCUUUGGCGGGAGGACCAUUGAAUCUUCAGCACUUUCCAGUGACCCGAAAAUGGCUAAGGAACUUUGGGACACAUCAUGAUAUCCAGCUGCAGAACAAGUAUCUGAACAGCCUGGACAGGACAAGAAGAAGAAGAAACCCCGGUUUUUCGAGACAAAGCAGAAAGGAGACAGAGGCUUCAUUGAAGGAUGUCUCUUUGCACUAUGCUGCUGCUGGAUUUGUGAAAUGUGUUUCUAAGGAAAGCAAUGAACACUACAGUGUGUGACGCUUGCUGCUUCUUCUGUAUCUAAGAAUGGAUUUGCUUAUCUAAUAGUUAUACCUGAGAGAGAUUGAAGUUUCAGAUUGCUCAAUUUCAAUCUUCCUAAACUAUCUGUGUGGUGUGUUUAUUGAAAGAAGAUUAUUAUACUAAUAAUGUAAAGGAUCAUCC